AUGUCCAACAAGCAGAAGCAGCAGAACUACGAGGUCUCCGACGCCUCCGAGGACGAGAAGGGCAUUGCCCACGACAGGAGGGAUUACGACAACGACCGUCCCUUGAUCUACAAGGACCCCGACCGCAACCACUCCGACGCCAACGACAGCACCCUCAAGAUUCAAAUCAGCCUCGACCUCGAGGCCGAACUUAACCUCUACGCACGAGUCAAGGGCGACGUGACCAUUGGUUUGCUGGACCUAGAGGACCGCACUGUCGGCUCCUCGAUCAAAAGGGAAUGGAAGUUUGACAUGCGGGUCGCGCAACGACGUCGCAUCCAGAAUGGGGUGCUUCAUUUCCGAAGGCAGCAAGACCCGGUGCUCCGGUUAAGCAGACUUCGUGCGCUUGAAGAUCAAUCCCUCGAGACCACGCACGUCGGCCGCGGAACCAAAGCCUCGCUACCUCUCGCCGAAGCAACAUAUCAAGCUGUGGCCCGGAAAAACUCCGAGAGCCCCUUGACGUGGCUCGGGGCCAACGGGCCAUGGGCAGCGGGGCCCAACGUCCACCAUAUCUCACCCCACGUUCCCGAUGGUUGCGUGGUAGACCAGGCAGCCUAUGUCAGCCGCCACGGUUCGAGGUACCCGGAUACCGGUGCCUACAACGAGUGGAAGGAGAUGCAUUCUCGCUUUUCGGCAGGUGGCUACACGGCAUCUGGAGCCCUCUCAUUCCUUCCAGAUUGGAGUCCUGUUCUUACCAACCCGGAUGCGCAAAUCGCCAUGCUAAGCCCUACGGGGCACAAGGAGGCAAUGGAUAUGGGCUACGCCCUUCGCACACGCUAUCCCCAGCUGUACAACGACGGCGACGACUUCCACGUCUGGGCCAACAACUAUACCCGCGUUCUUCAGACGGCCAAUAGCUUUGUCCAUGGAUUCCUCGGUGCCGGGGCUAGCACGCUCGGUAACAUCGUCUCAGAUCUGAGCGGCGGCGAAAAGCUGACCCAGUGGAACGCCAUCUGGCAAGCUCCGGUGCAGGCGAGGUUGCAAAAGCUCAUAUCCGGGAACUUGACGUUGACCUUGAGCGACGUCAAUUUGAUUCCGUAUCUUUGCGGGUUUGAGAGCCAGAUCACGGGUCGUCUUUCUUCAUUCUGCGACGUGUUCACGGAUGAAGAACUCAAGUUGUAUCAGUAUUCCAACGACCUACGAUAUUACUAUGGCAUCGGCCCAGGAACAGAUUUACCUUCCAAGAUGAUGACACCUUUCCUCGACGCCCUAAUCGACGUCUUCGUUCAGGGUCCGACCGUCAAAGGUGUUGGCUUCGACGGUUCUUCUUUCCAAGUGCCUAGUCUUUUGGUUUCGUUUCUCAACGACGGGCAGCUCACCGAGCUAGUUACCUCGAGCGGAGUGUUUGACGACCAAGAACCCCUUUCCGCGACGGAAAAGGAUGACGACCGUCUCUGGGUCGGAAACAGGUUCAUCACGAUGAAGGGAACCAUUGCCUUUGAGCGCCUUACGUGCUUGGUCCCCGCGGAAGGAAAUAACUCGACCACGACGACGACGAGUGACUUCAGCGCUUCGCCGACUACCACCCGUCGCUGCACUCCCAAAAACACCCAGGUGCCGGUAUUUGGCGACGAGGGCUACGUCAACGCGACUUACGUACGCAUCAAGCUCAACGACCAGGUAUAUCCGGUUCCCUCGUGCAAGGACGGACCGGGGUCUUCGUGCGGCUUGGAGGACUACGCGCGAUAUGUAAAGAGUAAAAAGGCCGAGGAAGGUGAUUGGAUCGCGAAUUGCGAAGUUGUCUUGGAGGGCGCACCGACGACAGCCGUGGGUGCGAGCUUCUUUACGAACUUGGCCCAGCCCCAUCUCAGCAAAUACAAGCAGUGA